AUUUGUAGCUUGAUCAGCUACAAAAUUUUAAGCACAGUGAACAAAAAGCUAAAUUUUUAAAAUAGUUUUUUUUUAAAAAAAUACUUUAAAUAAAAUCGCCUAAAAUGACUUCUAUUGCUAUUAAUCCUGAAGAUAUUAAUGUGCCACAACUCAAGGAUUUGAGUAUUGUGCGUAAUGAACAAAAAGAAUUGAACAUCACACCGGUGCACAAACUGGAUAGACCAUUUAAAACUGCCACCUUUGGCAUGGGCUGUUUCUGGGGAGCUGAGUCUUUGUAUGGCGGUACCUGGGGCAUUUUGCGCACUACUGUGGGCUAUGCCGGCGGCUCUAAGGAUCAGCCAACGUACCGUAAUAUGGGUGACCACACCGAAGUUUUAGAAAUUGAUUAUGAUCCUGAGAUUAUAAGCUACAAACAGUUGUUGAAUCUCUUCUGGAAUAACCAUGAGUAUGGUUUGUGUACUGUCAUCAAAAGACAAUAUAUGUCUUUGAUUUUGUAUCACGAUGAGGAGCAGAAACAAAUUGCCGAAGAAUCGCGUGCGGAGGAGAAAAUUAAAAGGGCUCCCGAAGUAAUACGUACGGAAAUUUCACCCAAAACUAAUUUCUUUCCAGCAGAAGACUAUCACCAAAAGUAUCGCCUGCAGGGCCACCGUGAUUUGUGUGAAACCUUCAAUUUAAAUUCCACACUUUUGCGUAGCUCAUAUGUGGCCACCAAACUCAAUGGUUAUUUGGCUGGUGUUGGGGGCGUAGAGCAAUUUAAGCGUGAGGUUGAACAAAUGGGUUUGACGCCCACCCAAAAAGAUUAUUGCAACUAUUAUAUAGAAAAGAACGAGGGCCAGGGUCUGUACUGCUGACGCUGUAAAUUAGUUGUAGAUGUUAAACUCAAGAAAUAUUGCAACUCUUGCUAAUAAGGGCUGUUUUUUCAUGUAUUAAUUUCUUUGCUUUCCUGUUUUUUUCUUUUUAUUUCUUUUAACUUGUUAAGUUUUAGUUUUAUUUUAAUUAGUAUUUAAUCUUUAACUAAAUAUAAUAUUCUAUCUAAAUUUAUAAUUAAUAGUUAUACCAUUGUGAUGAUUGUAUUAUUAAAUUAUACAUACUAUAAAUAAAUAUACUUUAUAUAAACAAAUAAUUAAA